AUGUGGUUAGUCGUACUGCUUUGCCACUUUGGCCUGAUCCUACAUUGUGGAGCACAAACAGGUUUAUCUGUGUGUAGCUUUGACUCUACCUUCAGACAACCAGAUAAUUCUGACAUCACAGUAACAUGUGGCACUGAGUAUAUGUAUCUGAGCAUCCUGCUGUGCCCUGUCUAUUUUGGAGGAUACAAUGAGUCUUUGAUGGCCCUUAAUGCAAAGUUUCAACAAUCAGAGUGUCAUGGAACUGCUGACUGGACAGUCAGUCCACCUGUCUUGAAAUUCAAUUUCUCUAUCAACGAGAACACAAUAAAUUUCUGUGCCAACACAUUAGAGAUAACAAAUGAAAUAGGAUCUGGUCAAUUCUCAGACUUCUCCAACAUCCAGUUUGUUAACAUUUCUGGGCUCAUCAAUUCCUGGGAUCCCAGUACUACCACUAUCACUUACCGCCAAGAGCUAAUGUACAAGUUCUCCUGCCGAUAUCCAUUGCAAUAUGUGGUCAACAACACAGAAGUUAGCGUAUCUGGGGUGAGUCUUGCUGUUAAAGACAACAAUGGCAGUUUCAUCAGCACCCUCAGUAUGAGGCUGUUCACUGACGAGCAGUACACACAAGCACUCCAAAUACCUGAGACUGGGCUGCAACUGAAGACUCGAAUAUUUGUUCAGGUCAAAGCCACUAAUCUCACUAACAGGUUUAAUGUCCUGCUUGAUCGCUGCUACGCCACAACAAGUCCCAUCCCAUCAAACAGCACUUCCUAUGAUCUUUUUGUUGGGUGUAACCGCGAUGGCCAAACGGUGAUUGAAUGGAACGGAGUGGCUCAGGAGGCUCACUUCUCUUUUGAGGCCUUCCGCUUUGUGGAGCACAAGAACUUAAGUGUCUCCACUUUCUACCUUCAUUGUGUUACCCGACUCUGUGAGAACUCCACCUGUGCUUCAAUGAUCCCGAGCUGUCCAGCAAGGAGAAGGAGGGAGGCACCAUUUGCAGAUUCACCUGAUGCAACGACUGUCUCUGCUGGUCCGAUCAAGACACGAGUAGACAACGGUGCUCCGUUGACUGCAGAGGCACAAAACAGCUCCGUGGAGACCCGAAGUAACAGUUCUCUGGUGGGAGUUGCUGUGGCUACGGGAGUGUUGUGUGUCCUCUGUAUUGCAAUGGCAACAUUCAUUGGUAUCCUCUUCAAACGACGGAGGAUACUCAUCCACUGA